CGCUUGCCGUAGAACUCAAUAGUUCUACGCCGUCUGACCUCCGUGUUGACGACACAAAGUCUGAGCAGCAUGGGAAAUGCUCGAAGCUGUGUUGUUGCCUCGCUCUCUGUAUGUUCCGUGUGUUUAGGCUACAUGUACAUUUAUCGCUCUCAUAAGUUGCUGCGUCAAAAUGCGCUGAAUAGCGACACACUUCCGAGUUUUGUGUAUCUUUACGUCAAAUAUCUGGGCAGAGCUGUGACGCGGAGAGCAGGUCACCUGUACGCAGCGCGCGCCAUAGGAGCGCGUGCUGUUGUUUACACGGUGCUCAACUGCAGGCUGGACAAAACUUUGCUGAGGAGAUUCUGCGGAGCAGCAGGGUAUGGAUGGGAUUAUCCGGACACUGAAUUCAGAGACCUCCCGCUGUGCUUCCCGGAGGUUCUGUGCUCCAGACUAAUGCUCAUGCUGUUAACAGACCACGACUUUAGACUCAGCCCAGCAGGUCUGGUCCGUGUGCGACAGAGCCUGAAAACCCUUCAGCCAAUCGAUGAGCUGAAGAAAGGUCCGUUCACGCUGCAGGUCGCGGUGGAGGGAUACCAGCAGACGGACUCAGGGGUGGAGGUGGACGUCUGUUUGUCCGCUGCGUCUCGUUCCGGAUCUCCAGUGUGGGAGAGCGUCCUAACGCUGCUGUCACAGAACCGGCGCCACAAGCCCGGCAGAGACCUGCUGAGGAACGAAGAGGAGGAGCCAGAUAAUAAGGACAACAUGAAGCAGGUGGAGGUCAGAGUUCCCAUGACUACCGGCCCUCAGUGUGUUUGGCCCUUCACUGACUACUCCCCCCAUCGCCUCCUCUCUCUGCCGGCUGUGUUCUGCGGCCUGAAGUCUCGAACAGCGCCGGGUUUCUGGAUGCUGACCGUCUGUUUGGCCGAAAUAGAAAAGCGCAAAGGUGUUGAAGUCAUCACGGCUCCCGUCAGCGUCACGGCCCAGUUUAAGGAGACUCAGCCAGCGGCAGGAACCGUAACUAUCAGGUUCUGGGACACGAGCAAAAAUGCGGGUCUGUCUGCUGAUGAAGACCUGAGUUUCCAGGUGCAGCUGCAGGGACAAAGCUCCUCCCACAUGGUGGGACUGAUUUCUAGAACCUAAUUAACAUAGAUGAGUGACGGUUCCGCUCGGACACUGUGAAGCGCUUACGUUUUGAUUCAUUAGGUUUGCUCAGUUUCAGUGUGAACAACACUUUUGAAGCACAACCGUGUUUUUUGGAAGUCCACAUCUCUUUUGACCCACCUUCAUUUGCAAAGUUGCUGCUGGUUUUUCUCCUAAAUCCUUUGGAGCCAGCAAAGUUGGACAAACUUUUUUUUCCAUGAGAGGGUUUACAAAGUGAAAAUGAUAUGAAUAAGUACACAUUGGAAACAGCAGGUUGUGGUUUUCUAGACCAGCUGCUGCUGUUGUCUGAGCCCAAAUACGACAUCAGUGCUACCUUUAAAUUCCUGGAAGUCUAAUGUCAAAUUAGACUCCAAAAAUAUUUUACAUUAUACUUUUUCAUCAAACUUAACUAAUAAAAUGAGUAGAGGAGAGGUGCUCAAAGUCAGGCUUAUGUACUCAAACAUUAUUAUCAUUCAGUGCUUUAAAGACUAUUUGCACUAUUUGUUUCUUUUUGUUAUUAUAAUAAACUUGAGUGCACUUUACCGGGAUUUUAAAGUGCCCUCACUUUAAAAUCCA